CCACACCCCAAUUCUUAAAAAAACCAGAAAAUUGAAUUGAAUUUUUUUUUUAAAGAAAAAGAAGAAACAGCUACAAACACAGAGGAGAAGAGAAGAGCAAAGUCAUCAAUGGCGGCCAUCUCUGCCUCAUCUUCACAUCUCUUCCAUCCAUGCAUCUCUCCAUCAAGGCCUUCUUCAAGGAUCAUCAUCUCCAUGGCCACCAAGAGAAAGGUGAACAAAUACGAUGAUAGUUGGGCAAAGAAAUGGUACGGUGCAGGUAUCUUUUAUGAAGGAUCAGAAGAAGUUAGUUUCGACGUAGUGAAAAAUCUAGAGAAGAAGAAGGUGUUAAGCGGAGUCGAAAAAGCCGGCCUGCUUUCGAAGGCCGAGCAAUUGGGCAUAACUCUUUCGUCUAUUGAAGAACUCGGACUUUUUUCUAAGGCUGAAAAGCUUGGCCUUCUAAGUCUUCUCGACCGGGUCGCCGGCUCCUCACCGUCGGCAUUGGCUUCCAUUGCAUUGCCGUUGCUUGUCGCUGCUCUGGCUACCGUUGUGAUCAUUCCUGAUGAUUCUACAGCUCUUGUGGUUGCUCAGGCACUCAUCGCCGCCGCACUGGCCGCCGGUGCUGCCGGCUUGUUCCUUGGUUCUGUUGUUCUUGGUGGCUUGCAGGAGUCUGAGUGAUCAUGCUUUUGUUUCCUUAAUUUUUAGUUUGGUUGGCAUGUGUAUACCUCCGGAGAAGUUUAAAAUUGAAUGUGUUUUCGGAUGUAUCAUAUGACUUUUUUGAUUGUUGCAUGUAUAUUGUUGUUAGACGUUAAAAAUGAAGAUAAAAUACUGCCAACAUGUAUAUUGCAUGAUUUAUUGA